UCGUGACGUCACUGUGUAUUGUUGUGAGGGGGAACGGGAGCGUCCCAGAGCUGUCAGCUGAGCCGUGCCGCCGCCAAGCCAUUGUCUCCCCCGCUCAGUGCCCGUGGAUCCCCCACGUCAUAAGAACCAUCAAUGAGAUGCCAACAUGAAAGACAAGAGGAAGAAGAAGGACCGCACCUGGGCCGAGGCUGCCCGCCUGGCUUUAGAAAAGCAUCCCAAUUCACCGAUGACCGCAAAGCAGAUCUUGGAAGUCAUCCAGAAAGAAGGGUUAAAAGAAACCAGAAAUGGUACUUCUCCGUUGGCUUGUCUAAAUGCCAUGCUUCAUACUAACACCCGUGUGGGCGAUGGGACCUUCUUCAAAAUCCCAGGGAAAUCAGGACUUUAUGCUCUUAAAAAAGAAGAAUCUACUUGCCCGGCUGAUGGAACACUGGAAAUAGGUUGCGAGUCAGAGUUAGAUGGGAAUGAAAUGGGAGAGGCAAGCAGCAAUGGAGAAGAAAAUGAAGUGUGCCUGAAGCAAGUGACUGAAGAAGCGUCUUCCAACCGAAUGCAGAGCAAGCUAGUGUCUUCCUUCCAGCAGCACACCAAAAAGGCACUGAAGCAGGCUUUGAGGCAGCAGCAGAAGAGAAGAAAUGGGGUCUCUAUGAUGGUAAACAAGACCGUCCCUCGUGUCAUCCUGACGCCUCUUAAGGUGUCUGAUGAGCAGUCGGAUUCACCUUCAGGGUCUGAGUCAAAAAACGGUGAAGCAGACAGUUCUGAUAAGGAAACUAAGCAAGGGCAAAAAUCACCCCCUGGCAAGCAAAUAAGCCAGCACUUAAAACGGUUAAAAAAAUCAGGUUUAGGGCAUUUGAAAUGGACCAAAGCAGAAGAUAUUGACAUAGAAACUCCAGGAUCAAUUUUAGUCAACACUAACCUGAGGGCUUUAAUAAACAAGCAUACGUUUGCUUCUUUACCUCAGCACUUUCAGCAGUACCUCCUGCUCUUACUCCCAGAAGUAGAUAGACAGAUGGGAAGUGAUGGGGCUUUACGUCUUAGUAACUCUGCUCUGAAUAAUGAGUUCUUUGCAUAUGCAGCUCAAGGCUGGAAACAGCGAUUAUCAGAAGGAGAGUUCACUCCAGAAAUGCAAAUGCGCAUUAGACAAGAAAUUGAAAAGGAGAAGAAAACAGAAGUUUGGAAAGAGAGAUUCUUUGAAAGGUUUUAUGGAGAAAAAUCUGGAAUUUCUAAGGAAGAAUCUUUACAACUGACUUCUGGCCAAAACAGCAGUGAAGAUGAAAGCAGCUCUCUAGAAACCUCUCUCAACUUACCAGGUCCAUCCAUCCAGUGUGAAAACAGUACUCCGAAUAGUAAUGAAACACCAGUGAUGUUAGAAACUGAAGUUAUUGAGGAAACGGUGUGUAACAUGGAGCAUGUUCCAUCCAAAGACAUCAUUGGAGAAACCGCACUGGAAGAGAUACUGAUAUCUGAAGAAUCAAUAAUUCAUGAGGAAAUUGCUGAAGAAGUUGAAACAUCUAUUUGUGAAUGCCAAGAAGAUGAUGAUAAAGCUGCAAUUGAGAUAUCUGAAGAAGCGACCAGUGAAAAUGCACAGGACAAGGAACAAGAGUUGCCUCCAGAAAAUGUGGACUCUUGUGAUGUAAUGGAGGAUGAGUUAUUACCUGUCGUGGAUGCAAAUACAGAAGGAGUAAAAUCUGAUGACCAUCAAGAUGACAUGUUGGAAGUUUCGAGUGAUGUACAUGAAUGCAGGUCUCCAUCACCUGUGGCCUCUCAGACUUCACCCAUUAAAGAUGCUGAACCAGAAAACACUUCAGUUGAAAAUACAAAUGAAUCAGAGUGUGUUGCUCCCAAAGCUGCCGCUGACCUGUUAUCAACAGAGGAAGUGGCUCAUGUACAAAUGGAACACAUCAGUGAACCAGAUGUUCAGUUCUCUGAAACGCCAUGCAUUUCUGAGACAUCAUUUUCUUCUCAAAGUCCAGAGGAAGCAUGUGCUAGUCUGACUUCACCAGGAGGUGAUAUGCAGUCUGCUUCUGAGGAACCUUACACACCUGCAUCUGUUGAAGCAGCUUCUCUGUCUGAAGUUUCAAGCUUUGAAACUGGGGAAGCUGAAAGUCAACAAAAACCUUUAACUGAAAGCCCACCAACCUCUGUUGUUUCAGAUGUUUCCCCUCUCUCCAACUCACCUGUCAUAUCCGAAGCAUCUCCUUCCUCUAACCAUCCAAUGACACCUGAAGCUUCUCCGGCAUCAAAUUUGCCAUUAACUUCGGAAGCAUCUCCAAUGUCAGAUGUACCUUUAAUAUCAGAAACAUCGUCGGUGUCCUCCUUAGCAUUGACCUCUGAAACUGGACAUGCACCAAAUGCACCUGUUACUUCUGAUGCAUCUUCUGGGUAUAGUCCUGCUUCAAAUGAACUGCUACAGCAAGAAAGCUCCCCGACCACAUCUGAUGCAUCACAGUCACCUUCAAAGGAUGAGACUGAUGGUUACUCAGAGGCCUCCCAAGCAGAUACUGUUGGCACUGAGCAUGAAAGCUCAGAAGCAAUUAAAUAUAAUUCUGCAACUCCAAACUCUGAUACUUCACUGUCUGAAGACAACCUGAAGCUCUGUAAUUCUGAAAGAGACCAUGAGAAACCAAAUGUAGCAUCGCCACCCCAUUUAUCCCCACCAGACACCAUAACAAUUAAAAACCAUUCAAGCCAUUAUCGUAUUGUUGAAAAAAAGUAUUUAUCUCCUUCAAGAGAAGGAUUUGAGGGAACAUACUCCAGGAAUAAUGAGUCUGUUCACUCAAAGUCUCAUGACAAACUAUAUGCAGUCUCAUUAGAAGUAUCUGGAUAUUAUGAAUCGACCAGAAGUAAACCUCACAAGCAACAGGCAAACUCCCAAAGUCGGCCAGACAGUUCACAUUAUAAGUCAUAUGACCAUAAUAAACAAACAGAGCCAGUUUGUCGAGAGUCUGAAAUUUCUAAGCGAAAAACUGCAGAGCAGCACAGUUUUGGUAAUUACAAAGAAAAGAGACCCAGAAUAGAUGAUGAUCACUAUAGUAGAACAUCUUCUGUUUCAAGUCAAUCUGAAAGGGAACAGCCACCUAGAGAAGAACCCCGUGUUCCACCUCUCAAGAUCCAGCUAUCAAAGAUUGGACCUCCAUUCAUCAUCAAAAGCCAACCUGCUCCCAAGCUUGAAUCUAAGAUAUCUUCUAGUACAUCUGUUAGUAGCGGAAGGAACACUGGAGCUAGAACUCUUGCAGACAUUAAGGCGAGAGCCCAACAAGCCAGAGCACAAAGAGAAGCUGCUGCUGCCGCAGCUGUAGCGGCGGCGGCCAGCAUAGUUUCUGGGGGAGUUGGUAGUCCUUCAGAAAGCAGUAAGCCUCGAACGUUGGUCCAUAUCAAGGAGCAGACAAAAGCAAAAAUGUUUGCUAAGCACCAAGCGAGAGUCAGCACACAACAGAUUAGUAGAGAUGGAAAAACAAAAGAGGGUCUUCCAGAAAUAGAAGUGCCAACAACGUCUGAUGCAAAACUGGAAGGUUCAACUGGUGUUAUCAUUAUGAAUCCAAACUGCAAAUCUCCUAGCAGCAAGUCCACACUCCAUCGCGACUUGACUUCCCCAUCACAAAAAUCCCUCAGCUCUUCAGUAUCAUCAGAAACUGACUCUGAUGCAUCAGUGCACAGCUCUAUUGAAAAUAUUCACGUGCCACAUUCCAGCGACAAAACUGUUACAUCUACCUCCAUUGAAGAUUGCAGCGUGCCAAUGCAAUAUAAUAAAGCUAUAAGUUCAGUGUCUGUCUGCUCCUCUGCUGAUACCACCUUUAGGAAUUCACUUGAAAAAUCUGCUGUCCUGAUGUCUGUUGAGAGUGAAAACCCUACGUCAUCUGUCUGUAAUUAUAAUAUGCUAAACCCCAAUAAGGAGACUGACAUUCCUUUUAUAGCUGUUGCACCAAAAUGCACUGAUGACCCUAGUAGUCAUGCCUCUGUUGUAAACUCCACUGCAUCUGACUCUGUUGAUGACAAACGAAUGCCAGUAACAACUAGUAUUGUUAAUCCUUACACCACUGUGCCAAUCUCAUCCAUUGGGUGUAGUCUGCCAAAUUCUCAUCUUUCCAAUUCAUUGGUUAAUUCACUAACUGCCUCCUAUGGUCCAAACACCAGGCACCCUGAUAAAUUAGCUGCUCCCACAUGUAGCGAAGAUAAUCCCGUAGACAUGUGUCCUUCUGUCCAGAGAAUAUCAAACCACGAGGAAAGCGAAGGAGAUUCUUCCAGAAGGUCUUCUGUUCCAGUGUACCCCAGCACCAGAAGAUCAUCAAUAAGUACUGAUCCUUCACUUGCAAAGAUACAUCUUGAUAAUGUAGAUAAAAACUGUACCAGUAAUUUAAUAGGACUGCAGAAUAAAACACUGCCUACUGCUUUAAUACAGACAAAUAGAUCUAUUCCAUGUAAAGUGAUUGUUGAUCACUGUACAACGCCAAACUCCACUUUCCCUUUCAAUAGCGAAAAUGCAGAAAAUGCUGAUUGUCAGAAUAGGUUUGGAAAAUCUGAACCCUCUAUUCAAAAUAUAACAUGUCCUCAAGUAUCUGUAAUUAGUAGACAGGAAAACCUUCUCAAUGAGAGUGUGGAGCACAUGUCCAACUCAAACAUUGUAAAUCGGUUAAACAGAGACGACAGACACAAAAGUACACCUUGCGCUGGGCUUUUGGAAGCAACUUACUUGCAACAAGGAAAACGAAGUGACUCCGUUUCUUGCCAACAAAAUUUUAAUGAGCAGCUACAUAGCACACCUUCAUUCAAGUGUGGACCAGAUAAUGUUCCCAAUUCUGAGUAUAUUUCUAAUAACAGAAUAUGUUGGAGUGACAAAGAACAAAUGAACACUGACAAAACCAUUGUUAACCAUUUGGGUGUGUCUAAACACACAGAGUAUUUUGAUGAAAAUAUUGUAGAUAAUAUUAAACGUGAACCUGGGAGUUACCCACACAUGUCAAAAAUGAAUGCCCGUAGCCCUGUGGCAAACUCCAUUCCGAUCAAGUCAGAACGAAACGAAUCUGGUAAAUGUUUUGGGAUUGAUUCCGAAGGAUUUUCAGGCCAGAACGCUACACAACAAGGAUGUGACUUAGAUAUAAGUUUGCCAACAUCCAAACCAUCACACAGUGUUGCCAGAGAAGAACCAUUGUCAUUGACUACGGACACUUUAAAAAGGGUUACAAAUGCAGGCAAUGCUAGCUGUCGACUCUCCUCUGUUGAAGCAAACAAUCCCUUAGUUACACAGCUGCUUCAAGGCAACUUACCUUUAGAAAAAGUUCUGCCUCAACCCAGACUAGGUGCAAAGUUAGAAAUUAGUCGACUCCCUUUGCAGGCUACCUCGGUGUAUAAAAUUGCAUCAGAAAGAAUGGUGUCUGAAAACACCUCACGCUCCCCUACCCCUGAUGGCAAGAUCUAUCCACUGGGAAACCCUUUGCAAGUGAGAAAACGUGAAAACCAUCCUAAGAAAAGGAUGGCUAGGACUAUGGGUGAACAUGCCCAGAUCAAGUGUGAGUCAGGAAAGCUUUCGAUGGACACAGAUACAAAUUUGUCAUCUUGCAUGAUGGGUUCUAAUAUGAACCCAUUGGGUCAAGGGCAAAAUUUUAAGCAAGAGUGGAUGAACAAGCAUAUGGUUCAAGCCAGGGUUACACACAGUCCAGAAAUUAAGCAGCAAAAGAGGCCACUGCCUUCCUGUAGCUUCCAACAAAAUGUAUUUAAUGUUGAUAAAAAUGGCAGCUAUCACCCAGAAGCUAGUACCUCACAUAGGCAACACUACUACCAAAUGCCCAUGGCUCAGAGAGGUCAAGGUCCUGCAAUCUAUAUGUCACCAGGCUCAGCAAAAGUCCAGCCGGCUAACAAUGCUUAUCCUUUCAAUAGGCACCCAGAGCAGAAGGUUUUAGCUGAGACAAAUGUUCCGAAUCUUUCUCAUCGAAUGGGCAAUGCGUACUCCCCAAAUGUUCAUAUUAAAGAAGGCGAUGACCUCAGCAAUGCCCAACAGACUCUGCAACAUAAAUUUUUAGUGCAUCCUUCCUUAUCUAAUUCAGAAGUCCCUUCUGAUCAAAAACAGCCAGCAGUUACUAUGGAAACCACUAAAAGACUUAGUUGGCCUCAGCCUACGAGCAUCUGUAGCAAUAUAAAGACUGAGCCCAUCUCUUUUGAGGACGGUUUAAACAACAGCUGUGAACUGACCAUGAAACAAGCUUCCUACGAGCAGAGUGAAGUCAAAGAACAGUUAAAAACAUUCGCCUUGAAAAAUGCAGAUUUUUCUUCCUAUUUACUUUCCGAGCCACAAAAGCCUUUUACUCCGCUAGCUGCACAGAAAACACAAACACAGCAGCUGCCGCCGCAACAGCAGCAGCAGCAGCAACAAUGUGGGAGUUAUCCAGCAAUUCACUUUGGUAGCACAAGCUUCAAAAGAGCAGCAUCUGCUAUAGAAAAAUCCAUUGGAAUUUUAGGGAGUAAUUCUAAGCCUGCCUCGGGACUCGGCCAGAACGCUCCAAUCCCUGCACAGAAAUAUGCCGACAGCAGCAGUGCAGAUGAACUGGAACUGAAGUGUUCUUGCAGGCUGAAAGCCAUGAUUGUGUGCAAAGGCUGUGGAGCCUUUUGUCAUGAUGACUGCAUAGGCCCUUCAAAAUUAUGUGUAGCGUGUUUAGUUGUUCGAUAGAGACGGAAUCAAAGACGCAGUGUCCCUUUAAAGCCUACACAUCUUCAGCAGGAACGUUUCGUCGUUUCAUGUGCUUUUCUCAUUUUCUUUCUUUUUAUUUUAUUUUUUUAUAAAAAAUAUUACGUUGUCAGUGUUACAUUUCAUUCUACAACUCUGUAGAUGAGACAGAUUUCUGCUGAAGAAAUAGAUCUCAACAUCUUGUCACCCUUUUAAUUUAUUUAGAUUUGUUUUACUGAGGUGAAGCUUUUGCCCUGUUUUUCGAUGCAAAGCACCUGACCUGUUUUUUAGUUUUUUUUUCUUCUGGAAUUUGGAGAUCAUUCUGAUUUGCAUUAGCUCUUCUGUGAUCAUUGGAUGGUUAUCAACCUGAUUGAAAGGGUCUGUGUGGUACUUGUUUAGCAAGUAUUCCCCCCCCCCUUCCUUUCCCACGUAAGGCAUCCUAGGGUAAGAUUUAAAUUAAGCCAGCUGUUGUCUACUUCACAGGGAGAGUUUGUUUAGUGCGGAUGGGGGAUUAGCAGUUGACACUACCAACAGUUGUCAAAUAAAUAGUGACUAAUAUUCGCCUGCAUUGCAAAUGUCAUUUCAGUCACCUAGCAAUGCUAUUGCUACUAUAGAAGUCAUCAGUGAACAGAGUGAGGACAAUAGUCUAUUAGGUUGUAUGGAGCUGACAUAUGUGAUACGCAGGGCAGUGAUCAGGAAUGAACAUUGUCCGCUCUGUAAAGUGUCAUUUGUCGGCAGCAACCCCCAAUGUAUGAUCGUUACUGCGAUCAUUCAUAUUCAUACACGUUCAUUGUUUCUCAGCAGCACAUUUCUGUUUACACAGGACAAACGACUCUAUGUGCCACAUAAACAGCGAAUCACUCAAAAAUUGAACGUUUUGGUCAUUUGCAUAGGCUAGUUAUUGCAAACUUGUGUUUGCAUUGUCCUGAUAUUAUGUCGAUGUAGAUGGGCCCUUACUAAAUUGGCAAAUUACUUAUUGGUUAUAUAUUAAACCCAAGAGGAUGGUUUCUGAAGAAAGCAAUGGUACCAAGUUCCAUGUGAGUCAAGCAACUGUGCACCAUCUUGUAGGGUGACAACUAGAGGUUUUUGUAAUGUAAUAAUCUUUUCCCAGGGAUACUAGUUUCCAUUUCUUUUCGUUAAUGUCACACUCCUGAAAACGGUUACCAUAUGCUGUAUUCCUAGUAUUCUAGGUGGCUUUCAUAUAUAAACCUAAGAACUUGCAGGAACGUGCUACAUUCUGAAAAACAUUACGAGAUGAUAUUUGGUUAAUUUUAUUUGUUAGGAUAUAUCGUUAUUUAUGAUUUCAGAAGUUAUGUCUGCCUUUUACGUUUCUUAAAUUUUAUUAAGACUUCAGGGUGUUACUCCACAAUAAGCAUGGCUCAGUUUAUAUUGUGAGUGUGGUUUACUGAACAUCUUAGACUUUACCUUUCCCCCUGACCAAACUGUAACCCUAAGUUGGGGAGGAGCCAUGGAUAAUGUCUAUAACUGGCAUUGAUGGCUAAUUAGAGACAGUAUCCAUACCAAUUAGGCACAGUUUCUAUGGGGCCCUCCCCACUUAAGGGUUUCUUGUAUGGAGAGUCAAAGUUUAUUAUGUAUAGUUAAAGCACAUGGUAGGUCAACUGAUGCAUGAACGAGGGCGCACACUAGGGCCUCAUGCACACAACCGUAUGUAUUCUACAUUCAGAAUACCGGCUGUGAGCAUCCCGCAUUUUCUGCAGGCUCCGUUUUCAAAAUGCCUAUUCUUGUCUGCAAAACAGACAAAAAUAGUCCACGUUCUAGCUUUUUGCAGGAAGGACACAUGGACAGCAUACGGUUCGCUGUCUGCAUUUUAUUGCAUCCAGUCUGCAAAAGAUGUGGAUCAAAUGCAUAAUUUUUUUUUUUAUGUGCAUGAGGCCUAAGUGGCACCAACUGCAGUUUCUCAGAAUACAAAGUGGAUACAAUUUUGCACCAUCCAGUUAAAAAAAAGGCAUAAACGUUACAUGGGAGUCCAUUGUCAACAUAUGUUAUCUGAGGCAACCAUCACAGUCAUCCAUUAAAGUAUACAGUAUACCUUAGGUUGCAUUCACACAACCGUAUGUUUUUUUUUUUUAAUCCACAAAACACGUAUAAGGAAAAAAUACAAAUAACUAUUCUUAUCUGCAAAAUGGAUGUUCUAUCUUUUUUGCGGAGCCAUAGAAUGGACAUACGGAUGCGGACAGCACGCGGAGUGCCACAUUAAAAUGAAUGGGUCCGCAUCCAAUCAGGUGCAGACCAAAAAUAUGGUCGUGUUAAACAUAUACAUUUUAUUUAACAUAAAAGUCUAUGGUGACAGAUGACCGCCCGAUGGCAUUCAUUUGAAUUGCUGUAUUUGUUUUUUUUCCUUUCAUCUCACGCCACACAUCUCGGAAUAUAUUGAGUUAAGUGAGGACACAUCUGAAGUUUAGUUAAAUUUCCCAAUGAUUGUCUGUUGGCCACGAGUGUUUCAGUUAUGUUUCUGGAUGUGAUUCAUUCUAGCAUAUAUUAAUACUUACAUAUGAUUGACAAUUUUUAUAAAGAUGCCAGAUUGAUAAUAGGGUAUGAAAGUAUAAAAGAAAAAUAAAUAAAAAUGUGUCAUAUGUCCAUGUCUUAAUGUGAUACUUAAGGGCUUUGGAUAACUUUGGGGCAUCAUUUUACUCUUUUUUGGCAAAAAUUGUUUUAUUAAUCUUUAUUAAAAAUGCUCAGCCUACUGAGAUAUAAGGGUUAAAAAUCAAUCUAUUUGCAAGCUGUCACUUUGUGUUUUUUUAGAAUCCUGUCAUCUAAUGGCUCAUUUGUAGCUCUGAUCUCAUUACCUCAUAAACACCUAUUUAAGCCAUAUUCUUAUUAGUUUGAUCAGGAUUGAGCUUUAAUGAGUGUUUAUGAGGUCAGGAGAUCAGACAUAAGAGCUACACAUGAGCUGUCAGAUAACAGGAUUCAAAGAAACAGACUAUGACAGCUUGCAAACACACAGAUUUUUUUUACGCCUUGUAUUUUUAAUAAAGAUCAAUAGAAAAAAAUGAUUUUAGCCCAAAAUCAGUAAAAUGCUAUUUAAAAUAUGCUCCCAAAAGUGUCCACAGCCUUUAAAGAGAACUUGUCACUGCAAAAUGCAGUGCAAUCUGCAGGCAGCAUGUUAUAGAGAAGGAGGA